AGCAUCUAUUGGUGACUUGUGUUUGGAUGUACAGGGAGUACGCAUCGCCAGCAGAACUAGACUCGGUGUCGCCGUCGCGUACCGUUUUUGAUGGGAUUCGGCUGCUGGUGCUGUUGCCUUUUGGGGUCUUCCGUAUCCCCGUUUAUGGAUGCACCCACGCUGCAUGCUUCGUCUUUCUUUGAACUCCAGUCGUCCCUCUUUCUGUAUUCUGCUUCUUCGUCUUCGGAUCCCCGCGGGUUCCUCUGCAUGCACACUUUGUGUUUCUUUGUCAUUUUCUCCUCCCCGUUUCUCCGUCUCCCCAGGCCCUUGAGGAGUCGAGUGACUCUUAUCUUAACGCAUCAUGCAGUCCUCCGUUUUUCCUAAGGCGCCACAAAAUUGUUCUCCGCAUCCAGUUGCCUUACAAAUUGUUCCUGUUCCUUGUCGCUGCUCUCUCGGCUCUCCGCGUUGCAUCUAGUCGCCCCGCCUUCCUGGAGAAACGCAGACCCGGUUUCGCCUCCUUUUAUCUACCGGCGCUUCCCUCUCUGGUGUCCAGCUCCAUCGUUUCUCCUCGUUUCUUGUCUCUCCGUCGUCUUGGCAUUGCUCUCUGCUGUUGCGGAACUUCCACUACGUGAAACGUCCAGGGGACAAGGCGCGAACAGCGAAAAACGAGGAGAGAAUGUCGGCGGAGCGUUCAGAGGGGGGCCCUAGCGCCCACGGGAAGCCUCUGGAGUCGCAAGGCACCACUGGGCAGCUGGCUACAAACUACAAACAGAGUAUCCACACGGAGAAGUUAUGCACAGAAGGACUCCCCAAGCUCCAUCCUCCUUCCUUCUCUUUUCCUUUCCUGGCCUCGGCCUCUCCAGCUGCGCGACCCCAGAGCCUCCAGACCUCGGGACUCUCCGGGACCGGCGCGUCGCUUGCCCCCGUUGGAGCCCAAGUGGCGACAGCGGAGAGAGGAGUUCCUGGAGCGAGGCCAGGAGACUCCACGCGCCCUAGCAGACCCGACGGACUCGGCGUUCUCCUCUCGAUGCGCAUGCCAGGCGGAGGGGUGUCUCCUCGGUUCGCCGCACCCCGGCUCGUUGUGCCGAAUCCGAUCCAGGUUCGCCCUCCUGUCGGGAGGCUGUCGGAUCUCUCGACCGGCCAGCCGGGAGUCUUACACCACGUCGUCUCGCCUCAAGGCAGAGCCUCCGAGGGGGUUGUGCCAGGGACUGCCCCAGUCGGCUUCGACGCCUCAGUGCUUCCGUCCUUCACUCCAGCGACUGCCGAGUUGCUCAGCAACUCUCACGGCCGUCUCCUCGCUUCAGCUCUCCUAAACCAAUCUCGUCAAGACGCAAGCCUCAUCCCCCAAGCACGAACGCCUCACCCCCGGGGAACAGAUGUCUCCGCCUCCGGUCUGCCCACAGGGACUGGCCUCGCCGCUCCCUUUCUUCCGCAGACCCUCUUAGGUGCCCGCGCGCCGGGGCUCAGCGUCGCUUCGAAGCCGACUGAACUGCCGUCAGCGAACGACCGGCCAGACCGCGGCUCUGCUCCGAGGCAGAGUGAGCACCUCCGCAUGGACACAGGCGUAGUGGCGGGGACGUUUAUCGGAGUCCGCGGGCCUGCUCAGACGCUUCCGGGGGCCAACAGACCCCUCCAAAGUUUGCCGAGUCCAGUGGACCAGGGGAAGCCAGGCGACGCACAGCCGCGAGGCGUUCAAUGUGGGAGAGGCCAACCGUUUGUCAAUCCAAGUCCCGCGAAGGAGACACAAAAGGAGACAGCUGGAGGUUUACCGCCUGCUGGGCGCGGGACGAGCGGGGCUCCUCAGGCUACCACGGGGAUCACAUCUUUCUCAUCUCAGCCCUCUCCAGUGGGUGUACGGCACCCGAUCCCUUCACUCGACUGUUACGGGGCCUCUUCUGUCCCUCUCGCUUCUUCCUCUGGUCUCAUUACUGCCCCAGCUCCUUCUGUCUCUGUCUAUUCUUCUGUGUCUUCCGCUUCACCGUCAGGAGACAGGCCGGGGCCUUCGGGCCUGUGUCGUAGUUCGUCUGUCCCUUCUUCCGCUCGCCCCCCUUCCUCGUCAGCUGGCGGGGCAGCGGGGAUCGUGGGGACUGGGCCUUCUCAGGCUCCUUCGGUUCCUCCACAGCCUUUGUCUUCUGCAGCUGGAGUGCGUGAACGUCUUCCGGUCUCGAAAGACUCCUCGUCCGUCUCCACUGCAUCGCCUUCCUCUUCUUCAUCUUCGGCUUCCUGUCUCCUUUCUUCACUAGCUGCGUCUGCCUCAAAAGGUGCUGUCUCUGUGCCGCAGCUGGUGUCUCCGCCCUCUGCAUCUUUCUCUGCAGCGGCUGCUCCCGGUUCGCGUGCUCUUGCGGAACCGAGUUUGCCGCGUCCGGGGGAAAGUGCGAGACCCUCGGUGUCUCUAGUGUCUCCGGUGUCUCCAAUGAGCGCUCGAAGCCGAGCCUGGCUGGCGCACGACCGAGCAAACGGGACGCUGUGGGGUCGGACUCGAGAGGAAUACGAGGCGAUUGCGCGGGCCCUGCGCCCCGGGGUUUCGGUCUACGAGGCGACCGCGGAGCCGCGGCGCAUCGAUGAGAGCCUGCUGAGCAAGCAGACGACUCUCGGCGAGAGCGAGCUUCGUUGUGACUUGAGUUGCCCGAUCUGCAUGGGCAUCUUCCAGAAUGUCGUGGUGGUGAAGGACUGUCUGCAUCGCUUCUGCGCCGACUGCAUCGAGAAGUGCGUACGGACCGGUCUCCGCGAGUGUCCACAGUGCCGGAUCCACGUCGCCAGCCGGCGGGCCUUGCGCCCGGACCCUAUAUUCGAGAGAAUUCUCAACAAGCUGUUUCCCGAUGUCAGCGCCUUUGAGGCGAAGAACGCCGAGCUGAUCACUCUCUCGAAUCUGCGCAUGCGCACCCCGGCGGCGCGCUUCCUCCCCGCUGCCUCACCCGCCGAGGGGGACGCGGAGGCCCGACUGGAGGGUGAGGAGGACGAGGGCCGUGGCGCCGGGCGAGGGAGAGACGAGGUGGAAGACGAAGAAGAAGACGAGACAGAUGAUCGCGACAGGUGCGAAGCCAGCAGAGAAAACAGCGACGAGAGCGACACCAUCUUCACGUCCAGUCGCAGCCGAAAGAGACACCGGCUCAACCAGGACAGACAGCGCUCGAGCAGGAGACCGAGACCUGCGAGCUCGAAGACGCCGCUGCGGUCGUCACUCUACUCUCUGCUCUCUUCGAACGCUCUCCCGACGGCGAAACGAACCUCCGGCGCUGGCCUUUCGACUCUUCUUCGUCAGCCGCUCCCGCCGUUUGUGGGGUCCGAUGGGUGUCUCCUGACUGCGCACGGCCAGCGCCUGCCGUCUCGGGCCUCGUCCCUCGCUUCGCUUUCCUCUCUGUGUGGUGAGUUGCUCGCCGCGUCGUGGCGCGGCUGGGGCGACGAGGCGGGUCUGGGCUCCACCAGUCGGUCGGAUAUAGGCGGGGCGAAUCUGCGAGCUCUCAUGAGGCUCCAGAGACAGACCCUGCGCCGGAAGAGACAGGAGCUGGACGCCCAUCUCGCUCGCAUCAAGACAGACGGCUGUCUCCACUUCGAACUCCUACCAGAUCCAUCUCUGCCGCGACUCCCGUUUCUCCCCCGGCGUCGCCUUUCUACUAAGAAAGCGGGAGAUAUCACUGUCCUCCAACUCUCCAGAUACGUUACCACGCAGCUCGCAAGGUCGACGCUCAUGACUUUGCCGGCGAGCAGUUCGCCUUCCAGUUGCCGCGCAGAUGUCGAAAAGAACUCGCCUGCGAGUUCUUUUCCAAGUCCCAUUUCUGCUUCGGACACACAUCGGUUUCCGGCGAACGCUGGCCGUAGCGGUGGCAGCCUCUCUUCCAGAACUGUAGGUCCGUCUCGGGAGUCUGCGGCAUCUUUGGCUGGGCUCGGUCGGGACAGAGACCAGGACUUUGUGGGCCGAGAAGAGAGAGACGAGGGCCAAGGCGCGAACCUGGGGGACGCACUCGCGGGCCUUGUAGGGUCAGGCGAAGGACCGCAAAUUCGAUUUUACUCGAAGGAACACAGGAAGCCUUUUGGGCCGAACCUCACUUUGGCUGCCGUCCACCAGUGGUCCAGAGCCCUCAGCAUGCAAGUCCUCGUUUUGUACUACACGACCCGGCCGUACGGCGAUGCAGGCGGUGGCGUUCUCAGUGGGACGCGCGGCUUCGUCGUGGACCUAUGGGGCACCGCCGGAAAGAAGGAGACGCCUGUCUCCAAUGGCGCCGGAGAGGCCGGUGCGGGCCGAGAAUCGGACGGCGUCCACGGCAAGAGACCCAGGGCGAGCUCUGGACUUGGACAAGGGAGAGGCGAAGACAGAGACAGCGAAGAGAGAAGAAAAGGCCGACCGUGUGGGGGGAGACGUGAGAGUCAGGAGGGAAAAGAAGGCCAGAAGCACAAUGGACGGAGCCUUGAAGAGUCGCGCAUGCGACGAGCAAGUGCACUGGACCUCGUGGAGGCAGGAGGAGGCGGCGGGGACAGGCGAGAGACGGAAGCGGCAAAGGUUGUCGGGUCCGAUCUAAACGAGGCACCCCUCGGUCUGAGAGAAACUGAAAAGAUCACGAACGAACGGAUGCUCUCUGAGAAGGCUGGAGACAGCAUCCCUCCUUGGAAUCUCGAAGGAAUGGGGAAUCCGCACACGGCAGAGCCACCCGUCGCUACAUAUUCCGAGACACUUAGUUCCGCUGCCCCUGCCGUCCCUAAGGAGUCUCCUGCAUUUCCCGCGUCUUUUUCGACUUCACCCGCUUCUCCCAGUGCGCCUUCAACCCUUCCAGCUUCUUCUCCUAGGCCAGUGAGUGGCGGAGAGACAGCGGCUGUCUCCUGUCCCCAGGACGGGCUGUCGAGUGCAGUUCCUGGAGUUCCUUCGCAAGCGCAUGCGCUGGCUCACAGAGGCCCUCCGGCUGCAGAAGAUAUCUCUGGCGCCCACCACACACAGGGGAUAGGGGUAGCGGCAGCUAACACCCGAGCAGCGAUGGAAGCAUCCGUAAAUGUGCCUUCUCGUUAACGAUGCGACUUAUCCUCUCCAGAUUGAGGCUGGUGCGACAUAGGCGAGGGACUUUAGGGAGAAAACACGAGCGGAAAGGAUAUAACGAUAGGUAGACAGAGGGGGGAAACAGAGAGAGGUGGAGAAACGUCGACACAAACAGCUCGAGCGGGGCAGAUGAACGAGGCGUCGGAGGUGACGAUGAGCGAACGGGGGGUGGGGGCACAGGCCUCCUGUGUAUAGAAAAGGAAUGAAAGAACGGGUAGCCUAAUUUGGAGAGGACAUGAACGGAACCGAACAGGGAGGUCAAAUAUGGUUGAGGGAGACAGCCAGAAUCACUGGGUUGGUGUUAAGUAGACGAUCAGGAGAUACAGAGGGGAACGAAAGCAGAGAAAAGGACGCUUUUCGUUGAAAGACAGGCUUCGCCGGGCGAAUCGGUCGUCUGUUUCGUGUUUCUUCCCUUUUUCUUCUCGUUCAAAUCAUUCUCGGUUCUCCUUGCUUUUUUUAUUGGUUCCCUUCAGCCUUCUGCAACUGCGUUUCGCGGAUGUAGUUUUGUGUCUCACCAAAUUCUGUGGUUCAUCUCGCCACACCUCUUUCUUUUUGUUUGGCGCUCAAACUGCGUGUAUUCGGCGCUCCCAAGACCCAUGCCAAGAACGAAGCAGGGUUGCCGCACAUAGUGGCACCGUGUUUGGGGCUCCUCUGCAAGCGAUGUCUCACUCUCUCAUGCUCUCUCUCACACACAGGCAUAUUGUCUUCGAUCUUUUCUUUCGUCUCUCAACUUGCUUCUCCUGUGCUGCGUACUCGCCCG